AUGUUCAAGCAAGUUGCUUCCAAAAGUCGUAUACCAAUUGAAAACAGUAUAUCAUCAAUAAGAAGAAUGACCCUUAACUCAACCAAUGCAGUUCCGGACACUAGACGCGAAGACCCGGAAACUACCACCCAAGAGCCAAUAAUUUUUGCACCAGCAACUUAUCAAUACACAAAAGGACAUUUGGGUGACACUGAAGUGGAUAGCGAUCCUUUAGUCCAAUUCAACAAAUGGUUUAAAGAAGCUCAAGACAGUUUACCUGCAAAUUCAGAUAUUAUUGUCGAGGCCACCAAUUUUUCCACGGCAAGAUUGCCAAGUGGAAGAGUAUCCUCACGUAUUGUGUUAUUAAAGGAAUUGGACAAAUAUGGGUUUUUAGUCUAUUCUAAUUGGAAUACUUCGAAAAAGGCAAAGGAUUAUGAACUGAACAAAUACGCAAGCUUAACAUUUUUCUGGCCACAUGUACAAAGACAAGUUAGAGUAGAAGGUGUUAUGGAACAUGUGACAAGAGAAACUUCAGAAAGAUACUUUAAUACUCGUCCAAGAGGAUCAAAAAUUGGAGCAUGGGCCAGUCCUCAAAGUUCAGUAGUUCAAUCUCGUGACGACUUGGAUCAAAUCAAAGACAAAUACAACGACAAAUUCAAGGAUUUGCAAGACCACGAGAUACCAUGUCCAGAUUAUUGGGGAGGAAUAAGAAUAGAACCUUUAGAGGUUGAAUUUUGGCAGGGUGGUUUAAGUAGAUUGCAUGAUCGUAUCACAUACAGAAGAGAAAAGAAGGAGGACCCUAAUUGGGAGAUUUUUAGACUUGCCCCAUAG